AAAUGCAAGAUAAUUGCACUCCCAGAAUAGUGAACAGCGCAUGGAAAAACUACUUGUGAUACAUUGUAACAUUUAGGGAAGUAAAUGGACAGCAUGGCAUUUCACAAGUAAGUUUUACUGAUAAGUUACAUUGUUGCGUUUGUGUUUUAAUGUUUUUGCUUCAAAAUGCAUACUAGUUCAAUGAAGGAUAUUUGACAGAAGAUUCCGACAGAAGUUUGGCCAAAGCAAUCUUCUCGGCGUGGAAUGCCACGCAGGCAAUAGCCUACUACUACUACCCAAAGUAAAGAAACGAAGUUGAAUGGGGGUUGAUAAGUAGGCUAUGACCCGCGCAUGCAUUAAUAAGAUAUUGUGACAUUAUAUCUAGAUUUAGGCCUACUAAAAUGAGGGCGAUAAAGAUAAGGAAAUACUUUAGGGGUAGUGGGAGGGUACUUGCAUUUGUUUUCAUUGCAUCUAUUAUUUGGCUACUGUUCGAUAUGGCAGCGCUUCGCCUGUCAUUAAAUGAUGUUAACAGCCAACUUUUAAAAGAAAGCGUAGUAAAGGAAAGGCAGGCUGUCAGACAGCAGGCCACGAAACGUACCAAGUCAGUGCAUAGGGGGUUUAAAAAUCCAGUACAGAGAGUAGACUUAGACCUGGACGAGGCAGGUAAUAAAGCUCCACUCCAGAAUGAAAAGAAAGUCCUUGAAGUGUACAGAAAGCGAGGACCCGCUGUCAAAAAUGACCCACAGUUUAAGGACAAAGUAAACUCGCAUGAGCAAGAAGGGGGGAAUGCCCAACCAAAGUUAGAACAUGGAAAUGCUGUCAUCUUUAAGCAUAACCAAAUCGAAGUUGUGCAUCAUGUCACAGUACAAUUGAGUGUGCCUUUGAAUACGAAAGCACCUGUCAAAGAUCCUUUGCCUGUCAAAGAUGUGUCAAAAAAGGCAGUGGACUUGGUGCUAGAGGAUAAGAAAGCAGGACCUACGGAGAGGGAUAAGAAAGUGGCAUUCACUGCAGCAGUAGGCUCGAACUUUACCAAAGUGCCACCUGGUGUUCAGGAAGGAAAACAUGUUGAAACCCCUACCUCAAAAAAUACAGGAGAGAAUGUAGAGCAAAAUAUAGGCAUAGUGCAAAAAGGCAAAGAAAAUAUUGACUCCAAGACAAAGGAGAAAGUCAAAGACUCACUUGAGCCUGGCAAACAAGAAAGCUUUAUUAAAGACAAAGUUGCAGUGGACUCCACAGUUAAACCUGUCAAAAAGGAUGUACUAAAAGGAAAAGAGGUGGUUGUCAACAAAGAGGACAAACGGAUCAAUGAGCUUGAUAAAGGUAACGCUGAUGCCCUAAAGGAGUCCUUACCACCUACAGCAAAGCUGAAACUCCAAGGAGUUCCCACAAACUCCACAGUUGUUCGAAACACAGGCGUCCACAAAGUGCUGGCAUUAGACAUGACCCAAGCGCCUAGAGAUGCCAAUGCAAUUGGGCAAUUUGGGCAAGCAGCCAUGGUGCCCAGUGACAAAGAGCAGGAGGUGAGGAACCGUUGGAACGAGGGCCAUUUCAACGUGUACCUGAGUGACCAGAUCCCUGUGGACAGAGCCAUCCCAGACACCAGACCUCAUACGUGAGUCACACAGUUGGCUUGACCACACCAUUAAUACUCACUCACUCCCACACUACUGUCACUCAUACGGUAUACUAAUGGUUAGUAUUAAAUAACCUCUCUUGCCAUUGUGUUUUUCUCCAGGUGUUCUGAGAGUGUGGUCCAUGAUUACUUGCCCACCACCAGUGUGAUCUUCUGCUUUGUGGACGAGGUGUGGUCCACUUUGCUCCGGUCUGUCCACAGUGUCCUCAACCGGUCUCCACUACACCUUCUCAAAGAGAUCAUCCUAGUGGACGACUUCAGUACCAAAGGUAAGAAUGGGCAAAGGCUAUGGAAUUUUUUAGAUAUAUAAAAUGUAAUGGGUUGUCUGUGGGAGGGGCUUUCCUGGUAAACAGUACAGAUGGUGUAAUAGGAAUUUCCAAGUGAACAAUAGAGAACAGCAGUCACAGAUUUAGUCAAUCAAAAAUCAACAGGUAGACACCUACGGCACAGAAGGAGAGCAAAUGUCUAACUGGCCUCUUGGAGACAGGCCCUUUUAUAUACUAAUCAGACAGCACCAAAUGUUCUGUAAACACCAGCCUGAGAAGCGUGUAGGAAGUCAAUAACAAAAAAGGCAGUGACUAAAAUAAAGUACAAUAAAAUCAGUGUGUUCUCAGUCCUUGUACCUCCAGUCUGGUGUCAAUCACUAACAACAGAUACUACAGAGAAUAAUCCAUAACAUUCAGCAAGUCUAGUGAUCAUCAACCUGCACCUUGAGUUUCACAAACAGAACACUGGAAAUUAUGUAUAUUACAGGAAGGGAAAAUAUAUAAAUAUGCUAAACUUUGUGUUAAAGUGAUGCAGUUUUGUAUAAUUUCAGCCAGUAGUUUUGAAAGUAGUGCUCACAAGCCAAAACAAGUCCCUGAAAAUGGAGCACAAUUGUGUACGUCAUCCAUUUCGUAUGAUAUGUUGCGUCCAGCAAUUCGUAUGACAUGUUACGAUUUCCAAUUUGUACAAUAUGAUACGAAUUUGUAAGUACUUUCACUAUGAAAGGGACGAGCGUGCAACUCACAUGAAAAAAAUAUUGAAAGUAUUGAAUGUAAGGAUUGCGUGGCUUUCUCCGCCAGGUGAAGAUUACAGAUGUUGUAUUAUGCCGUACAUUGACACGUGGAGUCCAAAACAUAAGGUUUAAAAAAAUACAGACGUAGUUUUCAAAAUCCUGUUCAAUCUCUUUAAUCGCUAUAAACUGAAUAUUAACUUUAUUAAUCUUGGAGACAUCUUAAGAGUUUUUCCUGAACAGGUGAUGUCACUCUGUGCCCAAAUUACUUAUAGCUUACAAUUAGGGCCUGGAGUUUUUCCUGGUCAGGUUUCAUGGUCGGGAGGAUAAACUCAGGGCCCUAAGCUUACUUGCUCUCAUCCACUGUCUCAGAAUAUCUCAAGGACCAUCUGGAUGUGUAUAUGUCCCAGUAUCCCAAAGUGCGGAUCGUCCGUCUGAAGGAGAGGCAGGGCCUGAUCCGAGCUAGGCUUGCAGGAGCCGCCAUUGCCAAAGGUAACCGACCACAUCCUGCUGUCACCACUUUUUCUUUCAUUGUUUGCUGUAUAAACAAAAUAUCCUAUGCAAAAAAAUCUCAAUCCUGUCCUCCCAUACAUGUGGCAGUCAAGCGUCCCUGUGGUUUUGUGUUUGUCUUCAGCGGGUUUGUUUGCAUUUCUCUCAGGUGACGUUUUGACCUUUCUUGACUCACAUAUCGAAUGCAAUGUGGGCUGGCUGGAACCUCUGCUGGAGAGAGUGUACAUGGAUAGGAGGAAAGUGGCCUGUCCAGUCAUCGAAGUCAUCAGUGACAAGGAUAUGAGGUAAUGUGUUAUUACCAUUAUACAUUAUGCCUGCAUUCCAGAGCCCCAUUGGCCCAGGUCAAAAGUAGUGCACUAUAUAGGGACUAGGGUACCAUUUGGGACACCUCCUGGGCGAUAUGGACAAAAAUGCAUAUCACGAUAAAUUGACUGAAUUAUCAGAUAACUAAUGAUAAGUUGAAUGAUAAAUGAAUAACAUUAAUGUGCAUCAGUUACUUUUUUACAUUACUUUGAAUGCUGUAGCUAUCAAUUGUCCCAUUUAGCAAUAGCCCAUAGUAUCAGCCUUAUUCCAGUUAAAACUUAACAUUUUCUCUAGUGUAGGCUGCUUAUCGUAAUUAUUGAUAUGUGUAAAAUGUCCUCGAAGUAGUCGGUUCGGUCAGUGUUGAUCAUUUUCGGUUUAUGGUCCCAGUUCUAGUUUGAGUUAUUAAUCAACCUUAUUGUCCAAAUUUGGUCUGUCGGUACCCUGUGGGGGCACAAUGUCUCAUAGUGAUAUUUCUGAAGGUCUAUGCACCUAGAGUGGGCCGUUCUGGCUCGGACGACGCUCACUUAGCUGACUGUCCCUAGUGUUGCAAAAUGUGUGACAGCAAUGGUAGCUUUCUGUGUGUUACCUACACAUAAUAUAUAAUUAGAAAGCUUAGAUUCACAGCUAUCCAUCUGACACAUUUUCUGACUAUUUAGUCAACAGACCUUUGACCUUAAGGGUUCAUAUUGGAAUUACCUGUAUUGGUGUAAAAAAAACUGAUAACCCUAGAGUUUUCUCAGCUUUUUUUUUAUACAGCCAGGUUUGAUGCAACAUCCUGUUUACUGGAAGUCAGUCUUUGUAAUGUUGAUUUCAGGCUCCUGUGUGAUUUAAUCAGAUUCAUCUGAGUUUUGUGCAUUUAAUCAUGCAUUAUUCAUCCAGUAAUGUAAUAUUUGGUUAAUGAUGUUUUGUGUUUUUACAGCUAUGUGUUGGUUGACAACUUCCAAAGAGGGGUGUUCAAAUGGCCCUUGGUGUUUGGGUGGAGCACGUUAUCAGAGGACACCAUCAAGAAGAAUCACAUGAAGGAUUCAGAUCCUAUCAGGUAAUGCUGUAUUUCAUUACACCCCUCGUUAUUAGUUGCAGAUGAGUUCAACAACAUAAGGGCCCUGUUCCAAAACUUCACGAAUGUAUUCUUCCUUCCUCAUUUCCUUGAGGUAAUCAUCGAUCUAUACGUGACUGGAUAGAUCAAAGCUAGGUUACGCCAACUUAUUACUUUCACCAAUCCAACCAAUAGAGAUCAGAGAUUACUUAAAGGAAGGAAGGAUGCAGGAUGGAAGUAUUCCAACAGGGCCAAGGUCUGACUCAUAUCCUGAUUCCUCUGUGAGAGUUGAUAAGACCAUGGAGGAAUGUUGUUUGUGAGGAAGUGAAGAAUACAAUCUUUACGCGCUAACUGGGUUGUAUUCAUUAGUGCACACUGUAGCAAAAUGUUUUGCAACAGAAAACGAAAACAAGCAUUUCUUAUUGGACAUGUUCAGGUAGACCUUCCCUGUUUCAGUCAUUUUCUUCCGUUUUGUGUCUAAUGAAUAUGACCCUGGACUGUGUGUUUUGUUCCUCAGAUGUCCCGUCAUGGCAGGAGGCCUUUUCUCCAUCGAUAAGAAGUACUUCUAUGAACUGGGCUCUUAUGAUCCUGGCCUGGACGUAUGGGGUGGAGAGAACAUGGAGAUCUCUUUUAAGGUAAGUUGUAUAGUCGUGGUCGAAAGUUUUGAGAAUGACACAAGUAUUGGUCUUCACAAAGUUCGCUGCUUCAGUGUUAUGAGAUAUUUUUGUCAGAUGUUACUAUGGUAUACUGAAGUAUAAUUACAAGCAUUCCAUAAGUGUAAAAAGCUUUUAUUGACAAUUAGAUUAAGUUUAUGCAAAGAGUCAAUAUUUGCAGUGUUGACCCUUCUUUUUCAAGACCUCUGCAAUCUGCCCUGGCAUGCUGUCAAUUAACUUCUGGGCCACAUCCUGACUGAUGGCAGCCCAUUCUUGCAUAAUCAAUGCUUGGAGUUUGUCAGAAUUUAUGGGUUUUUGUUUGUCCACCCGCCUCUUGAGGAUCGACCACAAGUUCUCAAUGGGGAGUUUCCUGGCCAUGGACCCAACAUUUUGAUGUUUUGUUCCCCGAGCCACUUAGUUAUCACUUUUGCCUUAUGGUAAGGUGCCCCAUUAUGCUGGAAAAGGCAUUGGUCGUCACCAAACUGUUCUUGGAUGGUUGGGAGAAGUUGCUCUCGGAGGAUGUGUUGGUACCAUUCUUUAUUCAUGGCUGUGUUCUUAGGCAAAAUUGUGAGUGAGCCCACUCCCUUGGCUGAGAAGCAACCCCACACAUGAAUGGUCUCAGGAUGCUUUACUGUUGGCAUGACACAGGACUGAUGGUAGCGCUCACCUUGUCUUCUCCGGACAAGGUGUUUUCCGGAUGCCCCAAACAAUUGGAAAGGGGAUUCAUCAGAGAAAAUGACUACCCCAGUCCUCAGCAGUCCAAUCCCUGUACCUUUUGCAGAAUAUCAGUCUGUCCCUGAUGUUUUUCAUGGAGAGAAGUGGCUUCCUCGCUGCCCUUCUUGACACCAGGCCAUCCUCCAAAAGUCUUCGCCUCACUGUGCGUGCAGAUGCACUCACACCUGCCUGCUGCCAUUCCUGAGCAAGCUCUGCACUGGUGGUGCCCCGAUCCCGCAGCUGAAUCAACUUUAGGAGACGGUCCUGGCGCUUGCUGGACUUUCUUGGGCGCCCUGACGCCUUCUUCACAACAAUUGAACCUCUCUGCUUGAAGUUCUUGAUGAUCCGAUAAAUGGUUGAUUUAGGUGCAAUCUUACUAGCAGCAAUAUCCUUGCCUGUGAAGCCCUUUUUGUGCAAAGCAAUGAUGACGUCACGUGUUUUCUUGCAGGUAACCAUGGUUAACAGAGGAAGAACAAUGAUUUCAAGCACCACCCUCCUUUUAAAGCUUCCAGUCUGUUAUUCUAACUCAAUCAGCAUGACAGAGUGAUCUCCAGCCUUGUCCUCGUCAACACUCUCACCUGUGUUAACGAGAGAAUCACUGACAUGAUGGCAGCUGGUCCUUUUGUGGCAGGGCUGAAAUGCAGUGGAAAUGUUUUCUGGGGAUUAAGUUCAUUUUCAGGGCAAAGAGGGACUUUGCAAUUAAUUGCAAUUCAUCUGAUCACUCUUCAUAUGACACUCUGGAGUAUAUGCAAAUUGCCAUAAUCAAAACUAAGGCAGCAGACUUUGUGAAAAUUAGUAUUUGUGUCAUUCUCAAAACUUUUGACCACGACUGUAGAGCUGGGCGAUAUGGACAAAAAUCCAUAUUAUGAUAAAUUGCCUGAAUUGGUACGAUAACUAGAACAAUACGUUUAUAACAUUAAUGUGCACCACAGUAAAAAAAAAAAAAAAAAGAUCCUUUAAACCAGGGUUUCUUAAACCAGUGUUCACCCCCCCCUCAUCAUCAAGCUUUGAUUAUUUUAAUCAGCUGUGUAGUGCUUGGGCAAAAAACACAACGUGUACCCAGGGGGGCCCCAGGACCGAGUUUGGGAAAUCCUGCUUUAAACUACUACUACUACUACUACUACUACUACUACUACUACUACUAAUACUAAUCAAUUAUCCCAUUAACAAUCACCCAUAUUAGCAAACUUAUUUCACAUUUCUCUAGUAUAGGCUACUUAUUGUAAUGAAUGAUUGAUAAGUGGUCGGUAAUUGUCGGUUUAUCGUCCCAGCUCUAGUAAUUUUGUCUCAUUUUCCCCUCUUUAGGGUUAGGGUUAGGGUUAGACUGUUUGCAGAUCCAUUUCAAUAAGAGGUUUGUUAUUUGACAACCUGUUCUAUGAUUACACAGUUAACUGCCCUUAUCUCUGACUCAUGAUCAAGGCCCAGGCUGCUUCGCAAAUGGCAUCCUAUUCCCUAUAUAGUGCACUACUUUCAACCUGAGCCCUAUGAGCAAAAAUAGGGUGCCAUUUGGGAUGCAUCUCAAAUGGUCUGAUCACACCCUAUAAUGUUGAUUUUGCAGAUUUGGAUGUGUGGAGGUGAGAUCGAGAUCAUCCCGUGUUCCCGAGUGGGCCAUAUUUUCCGAGGCGAGAACCCGUACAACUUUCCCAAGGACAGGCAGAAGACGGUUGAGCGUAACUUGGCUAGGGUGGCAGAGGUGUGGCUGGAUGAGUACAAAGACCUGUUCUACGGCCAUGGAUACCUCCAUCUGCUGGAUAGGAGUUUCAUCGACAUCGGCAACCUCACAGACCAGAUCGAACUCAGGAAGAAGCUUGAGUGCAAGAGCUUCAAAUGGUACCUGGAUAACGUGUACCCAGACAUGGUCGCUCCGCUGGUCAAAGCUGAGGGGCUGGUAGGUGUACUUUUUAAUAUUAAUAAAUAAUAGUCUUGAUUGGAUUUACAGUAUAUGGUGCUUUUUCAGAAGCUAAAAGCGUUUACAUAGUAUGCACCUUAUUGCUGCAGUUUAUAACUACAUUUGACACACUUAUAAUCAUUGUCUUUAUUGAUUGACUGAUUGAUUUAUUAAUCAGCAGGAAUACAGUUUUUGCUUUUAGGCUGUUUAGCUUAGAAUAUAUUGCAUUGGUGCUCUUUUUCUGCCAAACAAUUGUUACUCUUACUUUGUUUAUUUUUCCAUUAAAUUAUCCCUCAUCUUGAUGCUGAAAGACAAAUGUACUUUUCUUCUGGGGGGGAUGUUUUCUUGUCUCCUCUCAAUGCCUCUGCAACGCAGACAGAGAUGUCAAUUGUCCUCUUAUCUGAACAAAGAGUGACUGUCUCUUCAGGCUUGUGACAGUUCUCUGUCAGCAUUGGUUGAAGGCACAGAAUGGGAAAAAAAGGAGAAGCCUUUCUACUGUCAAUAUCGCGCGGUGACACUACCCAUGGAAGCAAAUGUUAUGACUGCUCUAGGCAUUGUCAUGUAAUGUUAUACCUGUGAUCCUCCUUUGCUAGGUUUUCAAUCGUGGAGUCAGAAAAUGCCUCGCUCUGCAGAAAGGCUCCCUUGCCUUUGAGAAAUGUAAUCUCAGCAAGCUGGUAAAUACUUCCCCAUUUGAUAUGAAAUGCAUUUUUUUAUGCCUAUAACACAUUGCAUAGCUCCAGAUGUGUGCUCACUAUGGAAUUCCUGUUUAAUUCAACACACACCCAAACAGUCUUAAACCCCAUAGUUAUCAUGAAGUCUAAUUCUAUGUCCGACACUAAGGAUGCGUCCCAAAUUACACCCUAUUCCAUAGAUGCACUAUAUAGGUAAUAGACUGCAUCCCAAAUGGCACUCUUAACUCUCCACUCUGUCCCUAAACCUUAGAGUCAACACUUCAAUUACACCUGGAUGAGGCACGUUCGCCAGAAUGAUGUCUGUGUCACUGCUCAGGGCAAAGGGACCAGUCUGGCUCUGCAGCCAUGUGACAACACCAAGCCACAGCUACGCUGGCUCCACAAGGCCUCCAACUCCGCUCUGGUAGGUUCGCUUUACAAUGGGGGGCCUUCACCUCCUCUCCUAUAGUUGUUUUCUGAAUAUUGGUUUUGAGAGAGAGCCAAGCCAAACUCUUGGGAGGAUAGUGGAAGUUGAGAACUGCUUCUUUAUUGAUAAAACCAACCCCUUUCGGACUGUAGCUUACAUCAUGGUUCGUACAUCAAUUCACAACACCUUGGUUGGAGUGGGAGGUAGCAGCAGUGUUCCUUUCAGUUGCUGGAUGAAAGUUACCAUAAUGCACAUGGUGAUUCGGUAGUAUUUCCCUGUGUUCUCUUUGCUCAGGUGGAGCACCUCAUAGCGGAGCAUACUCCCCGGCGUAUGUGCCUGGAGGCUGGGGCUCUGGAUGACAGCAUACAGCUGAAGGAGUGCGAGCCUACCAGUCCCUACCAGAAGUGGCAGUUCACACACUACCACACUGUGUGAUGGGAGUACAGGGCUACAGCACUGUUCCUACAUUAGAGAUUGACACUCAAGUACUUGACUGUACUAUAUGCAUUUGGAUGUGGUCAGUGUAUUUCUGCAAUAGGAUAUGCAUGGUGCUGCUAGUAUGUUGGCGUAAGGGUGGUGUUGGGAUGUGCAAUGUUAUUUUUCUCUUCUUUUUAUCAUGAUCAACCUUCACUUGGAAUUUGAAUUUUGCAUGACUGAGGCCCCGGAAUGAUUUGAAAGGGCAGCUAUUACACAAUGUAAUUACGGUGUUGUAUUUGGUGGCAUAGUUUACUGAUGUAGUCUAUACAAAUAAUAUAUAUAUAAGCUCUGUGGUUUACUCAAAUUACUGUGAGCUUGUAAAUAGAGGGUGUGACUCUCUUUAGUUUUAUAGCCUACAGUUUUCUCGCCAUUAGUCAGCACCUCUACUAACUUUUUUGGGUGUGUGUACCAGCUCAUGCUUUUCAAUAGUGUACUGGUGUUUCACUUUUUAUUGAGAUCUUUGGUUUUACAUGCAUGUUCACCAGAUUUGCAAAAAAAGAAUUAUCAUGCCUUGGCAAAUCAAUCACGAAUGUGCCUUGAUUAUUUACAUGAGGACUUGUACCAAAUAUUAUUUUCUGCAGAUGUCCUCCAUAUUUUAACACUCCAUUUCACCGCACAAUUGACCAUAUUUCUUACUGUUUCGGUGCCAAAUGGCAGGAUAUUUUAUGGCACUUUGAGUUCAUGUAAAUACGUCUGUUCUGUCCAUGUACCGUUUUCACUGUUUGAAAUACCAUU